CUCACCCCGACCAGCAAAGGGCGGCCCGUCGAGGCGUACCUCGAGGCGGCGCGCAGGAGGGCCUUCCCCCAGAAGGCGCGACGCAAGAAGCGGACGCCCCCCUACUGCUACCCCUUCCUCCCGCUGGGCUACCUGCUCCGGGGGAUGCUGGCGUGCGUGGAGGGCGGCCUCGACCUGAUCUACGGGCCCUCGCCCAACCACAAGCUGUUCAAGAAGGACCGCGUCCGGGCCCGGCGGCUGGCGGCGCGCAGGGAGGCGCUGCGCACCGCCGAGGAGCUCUACAAGAUCUACCGGGGGGAGAACACCAAGUACCUCGCGCUGGCGGGCGAGUACGACAAGGCCGCCGCGCUGGCGGCCAUCAAGCGCUCCGAGGCAGAGAAGGCCGAGCUGGCCGCCAGCAGGAUGGAGGUGGCGGCCGAGGGGGGCGCGCCGGACGGCCAGGCCAAGUCGGCGGCUCGGCUGGCCAGAGCCCUGGCCAACUUGGUGAAGGCCGAGGCCGACGAGGCUUACCAGACUAGCCGAGAGAAGAAGGCCACUGCCGACAGGGCCGGUGAAAUAGUGGCAGACGCCAAGAUAGCCACGAUGCAGGCCUGCUCCGAGAAGUUCGUCGUGGCCUUGCAGAAGAAGCACUCUCAGAUCCAGCAGGUGACGUACUACUUGUUCCGCGGGCCCACCAACCCCAACACCCUCCUCGACCUGAGCAUGCCUCCGAUCAUGCCGCCGGGCGGGCCCCCGUACGAGGCCCCGACGCCCCUCUUCGGCUCGCACCGCUGCGGCCCUCUACCCCCAGAGGUCGCCGUCAUCAUCUACACUACCGCCCAGCCCUGCCUCAUUGUCAGCCCCGACAUCAAGUCCACGGACGAUCUGCCCUGGUACAAGAAGAUCUUUCGCUUCCGCUCGGGAGAGGCGGCGGCGGCGACGACGACGACGACGCCGCUGGCCGAGGACGAGCAGUCCAAGAAGCCCAAGAGCCGCCGAGGAGGUUUCUUCGGCAAGUGGCGCCUCCGCACCAGCCUGAAACUGCGGGCGCGCUUGACGUCGAAGAGCGGUGAUGAUGACCACAGAAACGGGGACCCGGACCCCAUGGACAUGCUGACCUGCGACGGGGAGCCUCCACCGCCAUUGGAGGAGAUCCGAGCUUGGGGUAAAUCCUUUGACAAACUGAUGAAAAGUACAGCUGGUCGCAGAGUUUUCCGUGAUUUUCUCCGAUGUGAAUACUCGGAAGAAAAUAUCCUCUUCUGGCUGGCCUGUGAGGAGCUCAAGAAGGAAUCCAACCCCGACUUAAUCGAAGAAAAAGCACGAUUCAUCUAUGAGGACUAUAUUUCUAUUUUAUCGCCCAAAGAGGUGAGCCUGGACUCCCGGGUGCGCGAGCUGGUCAACAGGAACAUGGUGGACCCCACCCCACGCACGUUCGACGAGGCCCAGCUGCAGAUCUACACCCUGAUGCACCGCGACUCGUAUCCGCGCUUCGUCAACUCUUCGCUGUUCCGCCAGAUCGCGCAGCUCGACUCCAGCAACGGCAACGGCUCGCAGUCCGGCUCGCAGGCGGGCACGCCGUCCGUGGGCGGGGGCGGCGCGGGGGGCGGCUCUCUGCGGCGCCAGUCCAACGCAUAAGGGGCGCCCCCCAUCCCCACCCCCCAGCAGCGCGCUCGGGGGCGGCCCGGCACGGCAUGUCACGGCACGGCUAGCACGCUCAACAACCCCUCCGCCCUGCCCCCUAUCUCUCCCCCACCCCCUCCUUCCAACCCCCCACGGCCUCCAGCUCGGAGGCGGCUGCGGCAGCGACGAAGCACUGCGAAGCACGACCCGAGGCCGACCUGGACACGCGUGGCGUCGCGAGGCGCCCCCCGGCAUGGCGCAGCGCCCCGCAGCCCCACCCCGCCAUUUCUCUUUGCACUUUGUAAAUUUAAAAAGUAAUGAAAAGCAAGAAAACAACGUAAUUUUAAAGACGAAUAUUAUCUAUAUAUAUUGUACUCAAUGGUUGUGGAAAAUCCCCGUUAAGUCGGAGGCCUAAAAGCCUAAAUGAGCUAGUGUGAGUGUGUGCGCGUGUGUGUGACCCAGGGGCUGGGGCUGCGGGGCUGCGCGCAGUUGGGCACAACGUUCCGAAGGCCCUCCAGGGGUCUUCCAGGACCCACACUCCAGGGACUCCAGGGGGCCUGCACGCCGCUGCAUGCCCUGUUUUGUGUUUUAGUGGCGUGUGCGCGAUCGACCUGCCAAAGGUCACCUUUUGGGGACGAUCGGUCCCUUUAGUAAUAAUUUAAAAAAAUAUUACAGUGGACCAAAUAUUCUUCUAUAAUUGAGACUUGCACCGCGGGAGGUGGCUGGCUCACGACAACUUUAUGGUUUAUCAUUAUUUAAAAUGAAAAAAAAAAUAAGUAUGCGAGAAGAGAGGAGUGAGAGGGAUGAUGUGUGUAAGUGACGGAGUGCGAGUGAAAUGAAGAGUGACGGAGGACAAGGCAGUUUAGGUGAUAAGGUGAGGGUCCCGCCGCUACCGGUGUCGCCAGAGCGGAGGAGCGGCGGGCCCUGUGUUGCGCACAAAUUUGAGUGAUGGAGGUUGUCGUUGUAAGGUUGUUAUUGAUGUAAACUGUUGUUGUAAAUGAAUGUAAGAAGGACCGGGUCGGCAGUAGCUGCGCCCGGUGGACCGGAGCGCUCACGGUACCUUGCGGCAGCCGUGGUGCCGUGAGCACACAUAUUUGUUGGUACGCUUUUAUUCCAGGCGCAAGUGAGCUGCAGCUGUAGCGAACCAGCGAACCGGCAGGGUAGAGAGAGGGCGCGACGCGAAGCCAAGUGUGCGACGAGUCAGGCCAACACAGCAACUUGCGCGACCCUCUCCCUCUCGCUCUUGUUCUGAUCGUAUUGUAUCAUCUGGUACUUUUACGUUGGUGCAUCUUGUUUUGUGAUAUCUCAUCGAUUCUCAUUGUCAUUUUGCAGUAUUAAUUCCUUUCUUUGUUCCGGUCGGUCCUACAGUCGGGAUUUUUUUCUGACCUUAAUUUAAAAAAAUAUUGUAAUAUUGAUUUUUUUUUUACGAAAGCUGCCACGGUCGCCCUUGUAGGAAUAUCCCCCCCGUUUGCCUCACUUCCAUGUCCGAAGAAAGAGCCCCUUUGACGAGCGCCGCUUUGCCCGGUGGAGGGUUGCCCUGGAGCUGCGGCUCCUGCGGCUGCAGCUGCCCUGUCCAGACGUCCAGGCCGCCCCCCAAGGCGCCCGAUCAGACGCGCUCUUUCUUGCUGUAAAUCGUUGUCUUUUAAGCCGUCUGUAGGCUGCAGUUUCCUACGUAAGAAAGUUAAUGAAGCAUUCCUUUACCGAUUCCCCUGUAUCAUCUUGAUAAAUACAAUCUCCAAGAAGAGAGAUUGUAGGCUUGACGCGUCCACCGAGCGGAACAGCACAGUUGCGAAAAAUGCCAAAAACCACUAUGGAAGUGUCAUUUUCAUUUAUAACUUUUUGUUGUCAUCUAGUUUCAUUUUUGUGGAUGUAUAGAAAAUUGUUGAGUAGAGCGAACUUAAGCUGAAGCCGUAUGUAAACAUCGGCGUGUGGCGAAUGUCCAAGGCAAUGAUUGGUCGCAUGUGACGUCAGACCGUACGGUCGGGAAAUUUUUGUGACGUCGGGCUGACCAUCUUUCUUGACACUCUUGAAACAUGUGUGCCACUCCUCUUGAGGUAGAAUUUAUCCUAAUUCCAGCCAUGUUCAUCGCGAGACCUGCCUAACGUUUGGGGGAAAACGUAUUUUUUCAUUCAAAAGGGCUAUCUCGUAUUUUGCACAUGCUCCUUUACUCAUGAAAAUAAUAACAACUUAAAACUGUUCUUGUUGUUUUUUAAUUAAUUACUGAAGUGUUUUAAGCACUGAAUCGUUUGCCAAAGAGAUCGACAGUAGGAUUGCAUUUAACAAGCACUGUCGCCGUAGCACUGGAUGUCUACUGACUGGAUUGGAUGGCACAUCCGAUUCACUGUGCCCUCUAUCGUAACUACACGGCCUACAUGUUAUGGUUCAAACUGCCACUGUCACUAGUCUUAAAAAAUUUGAAGAAAAAACUUAUAGAGAACGCUCAAAAAGGAAGAGCAAGAAACGCCCUGCAAUAAACUGUAGUGGAAUGAGGUGAAGGGAAAUCUGUUCCACGAGCGGAGCGAUUGGGGAACUCCCCCGGGACUUCCCUGUACGUAGAACGUUUCCAACACCACAUCGCCUCUGUUAAAGAAGGCGCUUCCGGUUGGCUUCCGGGGGGCUUCCUAAUUGCUCUGCAGCAGGGGAUGACCAAGAGGAUAGAGGAUGCUCGAGUUUAGAACAUGGCUGGAAAAAUAAAUACGAUAACAAUGUGAUAUCUUUCGUCUGGCAUUGUGAGUGAAAGAAGUGUCCUUGGUAAGGUUGCAGUUAACGCAGUUCUACACAUUUCUUGCUUUUUUUUACUCACUACGUAAAAAAACAUAAAAUCAUUUGUGCAGAAAGUUAUGAAUGCUACAUUGGCAGCGCCGAUAAAGAGGUCCUGCGCGGUCUCAUUGGAAACUCUUAGAGAGAGUGUCACCUUUGCACAAAGUGUAAUAUAAUAAACAAUAAGAAUUAAUUCAGUUGUACAGUACCUGUAUGCAGAUUGAUGACAAAUUAAUGAAUAAAAUGAGUAAUGGAGA